GAAGAAGACAAAGUCAACAGUCUGACCAAGGCCAAGGCCAAGCUGGAGCAGCAAGUGGAUGAUCUUGAAGGAUCCCUAGAGCAAGAAAAGAAAGUUCGUAUGGAUCUCGAGAGAGCAAAGCGGAAGCUUGAGGGAGACCUAAAGUUGGCUCAAGAAAGCAUCAUGGACCUGGAAAAUGACAAGCAGCAACUUGAAGAGAGGCUGAAAAAGAAAGAUUUUGAAAUCAGCCAACUCAAUGGCAAAAUAGAAGAUGAACAGGCAAUGAGUGCCCAGCUCCAGAAAAAACUGAAGGAGUUGCAGGCCCGCAUUGAAGAGCUGGAAGAAGAGCUU